UUUGGGGCUGGAAAAAUGAGAGGCGAGCUGUAAAACGUCCUGCUCGGUCCAAUCCGGCUCCGUGCUCAGUUCAGGGACGACGUCUGGCUGCUGUCCAGAGAGAUAAGUGCGGCGGGAUGAAUGUGUCCUUGUUGUUAUUUUUUAUGGGUGUAUGAGGUAGACAGGACGUCGCAGCAGCGGAGCCUCAGUGCUGAAUGGACUCACGGGGUUGAACACCUCUGGAUGAAUGAGCUGGCUUUCUGGAUACCUCAAGGAAACUUUUUUUAAAAAUUCAUUAACGGGAUGUCUCUUCAAUGACGCUCCGGUUUUCACUGUGAAUGCUCUCUGGAAUAUUUAACUUGAAGAUCUGCUUUGGAUUUAUCUGAUUAUUUAAUUGUGUUUUGUUGAACUGGUCGCUACUUGGCAGCUGAAAUAUGGCACUUUAUAUAGAAGGUCUGAAUAAAGGAGUGGCCAACGGAGGGAUGGCUCAGUUCCAGGAAAUGAUGCGGCAGCAGCUGGAGAGCUCCAUGCACGCCGAGCUGGAGAAACUGCUGGACACCACCACAGGCGCAGAGAGAGAGGUGUCCAGGAAAGACUUUGAGGGCUUCAAAAAUCUGUUCCACAGAUUUCUGCAGGUGAAGGGGCCAUCGGUAGAGUGGAUCAAGAUACAGAGACCUCCAGAGGACUCGAUUCAGCCCUACGAUAAGAUUGCUGGCAAAGGUCUGCCGAACAACGUGGCUGACUGCCUGAACAAGCUGGUGGUGGUGAAGCUGAACGGAGGCCUGGGCACCAGCAUGGGAUGUAAGGGCCCCAAGAGCCUGAUCAGCGUCCGCAACGAGAACACCUUCCUGGACCUCACCGUGCAGCAGAUAGAGCACCUGAACAAGACUUACAACACAGACGUGCCGCUGGUCCUCAUGAACUCCUUCAACACAGACGAAGACACGAAGAAGAUCCUGCAGAAGUACACACACCACCGCGUCAAGAUACACACUUUCAACCAGAGCAGGUACCCUCGCAUCAACAAAGAAUCGCUCCUCCCCGUGUCCACAACCCUGAGCAUGACUGGGCAGGGCGCAGAAGGCUGGUACCCUCCAGGGCACGGCGACAUUUACGCCAGCUUCUACAACUCGGGUCUGCUGGACCAGCUGAUUGCACAAGGCAAAGAGUACAUCUUUGUGUCCAACAUCGACAACUUGGGAGCCACCGUCGACCUCCACAUCCUGCACCACCUGGUCAGCCAGCCCAACGGCAAGCGCUGCGAGUUCAUCAUGGAGGUGACGGACAAGACGCGCGCUGAUGUAAAGGGUGGCACGCUGAUCCAGUACGAAGGAAAACUGCGUCUGCUGGAGAUUGCCCAGGUGCCCAAGGCCCACGUGGACGAAUUCAAAUCGGUUUCAAAAUUCAAGAUCUUCAACACCAACAACCUGUGGAUCUCUCUGGCUGCUAUCAAGAGGCUGCAGGAGCAGAAGGCAAUGGACAUGGAGAUUAUAGUCAACCCCAAGACACUUGACGGCGGACAGAAUGUCAUUCAGCUGGAGACGGCGGUUGGUGCCGCUAUCAAAUGCUUUGACAACGCCAUGGGCAUCAACGUGCCUCGCAGCCGCUUCCUGCCCGUCAAGACCACAUCGGACCUGCUGCUGGUCAUGUCCAAUCUGUACAGCCUGGACGCCGGCUCUCUCACCAUGAGCCCCAAGAGAGAGUUCCCAACAACGCCGCACGUCAAACUGGGCAGCUCCUUCACCAAGGUUCAGGAGUACUUGACCCGCUUCGAGAGCAUCCCCGACAUGCUGGAGCUCGACCACCUGACAGUGUCUGGAGACGUCACCCUCGGGAAAAACGUUUCACUCAAGGGCACAGUCAUCAUCAUUGCCAACCACGGAGAUCGGAUUGAUAUUCCUGCCGGCUCCAUGCUGGAAAACAAAAUCGUAUCUGGCAACCUGCGCAUCAUGGACCACUGACGCCUUUUACACUUACACUCAAAACACACCCUCAUCAAUUGACCCAGCUGGCUUUAUCCCAGUCAUGUGACCUGUUUGUUAUGUUUCAACAUGGAAGAGAAAGUGGCUUUUUUCUAGAAAGGGUGUGUGUGAUUGCAUGUGCAGUGCUACACUGCAGUUUCAACAUGAGGACUCAGUUUACAUGGUAAAUGGUUGGGAGUUCUUGUUGCUGGGAUACACUGCCCUCUGCAGGUUGUUUAUUGUAUAAUAUAAAGCUUUCAUAGUGUUAACAAUGAGCUCCUAUAACAGUCCAGUUAAACAAUGACUUAUAACCAUACUAAAGAGAAAAAAUAGAUUUUAUUUUAUCUUUUAACUGUAGUGAUUUUUUUUCUUCCUGCCAAAACAGA